AUGGCAACUCGGACUGUUGAUCCGAUGCUCAUGUACAGAGCUAAGAGGGAUCGCGAACGCAGGACCGUACUCAAAACUUACAAGAUCAUAGGUUUUAUAUCCUCUGGAACCUAUGGGCGAGUCUAUAAAGCGGUCCUUUUGGCGCCUCCACAAUCAGCGCCGACAGAGGAAAAGGCCGAGAAAGCCACCUUGUCACCUCAUGAGCUAUGGCCAGCCACAGGGAACUACAGCUCCGAAGCUCUAAACAAUCCUGAGCUGUGUAUGAGACCUGGUGACCUGCCGGCAAAGGAAGGAAAUGUAUUCGCCAUCAAGAAGUUCAAGCCGGACAAGGAAGGGGACGUACAAACGUAUGCGGGGAUCAGUCAGAGUGGAAUCAGGGAAAUUAUGCUCAACCGGGAACUUCAUCAUCGGAAUCUUGUCGCCCUUCGGGAAGUCAUUUUAGAAGACAAGGCGAUCUACAUGGUGUUCGAAUACGCAGAGCAUGAUUUUCUCCAAAUCAUUCAUCAUCAUUCGCAGACGGCUCGCACGCCGAUCCCAGGUAUGACCCUUCGCCGUCUGUUACAUCAGCUCCUCGCCGGGGUUCAUUUCCUUCAUUCCAACUUUGUUCUUCAUCGAGACUUGAAACCUGCCAAUAUCCUCGUCACUUCGUCUGGUAUCGUCAAAAUCGGUGAUCUGGGUCUGGCGAGGCUAUGGCACAAACCUUUAGCAUCCAUGGGUUUAUUCGGAGGUGAUAAAGUUGUUGUUACUAUUUGGUAUCGUGCGCCCGAGCUCAUUCUCGGCGCGAAGCAUUACACCGCAGCUGUCGAUAUGUGGGCUAUAGGGUGUAUCUAUGCCGAGUUGCUCUCCCUCCGACCGAUAUUUAAGGGGGACGAGGCCAAACUAGACAGCAAGAAGACUUUGCCCUUCCAACGUGAUCAAAUGGGGAAGAUCUGCGAGGUGCUUGGACCCGUCAAGCCCGAGCAGUGGCCUGGAAUCAUCCACAUGCCAGAGUACAAGACGUAUACCACGUCGGGACCAUAUCCUAUGCCGAACCCCCUACCUCAGUGGUACCAUCAACGUUCAUCAUCUGCACAAGGCUACGAGCUCUUGUGUCGCUUGUUCGAAUGGGAUCCAGCCAAAAGACUUACAUCCCGGGAGUCCCUGACGCACCCUUGGUUCAAGGAGGAUGGAGGUGUCAAUUUCAAGAGCGUUUUUGAAGGUAGUGCCAUAACUUACCCUACGCGCAGAGUCACACAUGAGGACAACGGAGAUCCGAAGAUGGGAUCCCUUCCUCCGUCACUCGCCGCUCCUCGUUUGCCGUCCAGUGCGAAUUUCCGCCCUGCCAGUAGUACCGCCGUCGCUGCCCAGAAGCGGACCCGGUUACGAUGA